AUGCAAGUGUUAGACUAUGAAAAUAAUAAUUAUCAUCAUUUACUGGAACGCUGUACAAAACAUAUGACGUCAGUGGGAAAAUCCUUUAUGAAUAUAUCUUCAUGUACCAGAAAUAUAGUUCUAGCACCUAAAUUUACAAUAUCCAUGUGGCUAAAUCCGUCGAAAUCUUAUUGUGAUCUGUUUUCUAACUCCCCUCUCCGUAAGCGAACAAAAACAUAUUUGUUUUUUAAAAAAAAUUAUAUGUAAAUUUAUAAUCAUCUUUUUUUCAAAAUUUAAAAAAAAUUCAAAUUUGAGAAGUAAAAAUUAUUUUAAUUUGCAAAAUUUAUGUUUUAAAAUGCAAGCCGUUUAUUAUCAAAUAAAAUUUCAUUAAAAAGAAUUGUCGCUAAUAUAUCAAUUUUCUUUCAUAAAAAAUUUUUGUCCACCCACGGAGGGAGUAUUUUUACCCAAAAAAACUAGGGAUUUUCCAAUGAUUUUGUUCGCUCACAGAGGGGGAAGUAAGCAAUCAAUAUCACAGACGAGCGACUGAACUUGAUAG